GUGGUAUGUGUGUGUUUUGAGUGUGUGAGGGGGGCUGGUCUCUGGUCUGAGGGGCAGGAGCCUUUAAAAGAGUCAGAAUCUGCAGCAGUGUCACUCGGACUCAAACCUGCAGCUGCUGCGCACCACGAGUGGAAAAAUAACUGGAUUUUAUUUAGCUUUCUGAUCCGAACGGCUUUCCUCUGUGUGUGUCCAUGUGCAACAUCAUCACACACAUGCUGGAGUAACCUCGGAGUUUGACGGCCACACUGUCUCCGGUGGUGACGGGAGCGCACAGGCGGGCAGCCACCUCCGUGCGCCCGGAGGAGAAGCGGCCACCAUGCCGUUCCCCUGGGAGAGCUCGUGCAACAUCACGGGCACAAACUGCAGCAAUGGGUUCAACUUUACGCAGCAGCUGGAGCCCGGUGCCACCGCUGGGAACAUCAAGGGGAAGAGAAACGACACGGACCCGUUUGGACGGAACGAGGAGGUGGCCAAGCUGGAGAUCACCGUCCUGAGUCUGGCGUUUAUCGCGGCGGUGGUGGGCAACGUGAGCGUACUGCUAGCCAUGCACAAGACCCGGCGGAAACCCUCGCGCAUGCACCUGUUCAUGAAGCACUUGAGCCUGGCGGACCUGGUGGUGGCCUUCUUCCAGGUGCUGCCGCAGCUCUGCUGGGAGAUCACCUUCCGCUUCUACGGCCCGGACUUCCUGUGCCGCAUCGUAAAGCACCUGCAGGUGCUCGGCAUGUUCGCCUCCACCUACAUGAUGGUGAUGAUGACUCUGGACCGCUACAUCGCCAUCUGCCACCCGCUGCAGACGCUCCAGCAGCCGACGCAGCGCGCGCACAUCAUGAUCGGCUCCACAUGGGCGUGCAGCCUGGUGCUCAGCACCCCGCAGUAUUUCAUUUUCUCCCUGAGCGAGGUGCACCCCGGCUCGUCCGUCUACGACUGCUGGGGUCACUUCGUGGAGCCGUGGGGGCUGCGCGCAUACAUCACCUGGAUGACGGCCGGGAUCUUCCUCGUGCCCGUGGCCGUGCUCGUGUUCUGCUAUGGACUCAUCUGCCGCACCAUCUGGAGGAACCUCAAAUAUAAGACCCGGAGGAAGAGCUCGGGCUCGGGGGCUGAGGCCACCAAGAGCGGGAUGCUGGGCAGGAGCUCGGUUAGCAGCGUCAGCACCAUCUCGCGCGCCAAAUUACGCACGGUGAAGAUGACUUUCGUGAUCGUGCUGGCGUACGUGGUGUGCUGGGCGCCUUUCUUCACCGUGCAGAUGUGGUCAGUGUGGGACAAGAGUUUCUCCUGGGACGACUCUGAGAACACCACGGUGACGCUCUCCGCACUGCUGGCCAGCCUCAACAGCUGCUGCAACCCUUGGAUCUACAUGAUCUUCAGCGGCCACCUCCUCUCUGACUUCGCCAGCAGCCUGCCGUGUUGUCACUCACUGAGGGGUAGGUUCAGCCACCACGAUUCAGACAGCAGCAUCCGCCGGACCACGCUGUUGUCCCGCCUGCAGGGUCCACGCCUCUCAGAGCCAUUCAGAGACCUCAACCCUCCCCCUAAAAACUGCCCGCAGGUCCCAUCUGCAUGCUGACCGCUGGGAACACUACCUGUGUGUCUGGUUGGCUUAAACAACACAAAAAAACAUGAGCUGGUCUCAAUAUGCUGCUUUGUAGCAGCAAAAAGGAAGGUAUGACUUCAUCUGCGGGUGCGGUCUACAGCUUGUUUUCUUUGGUCCGAUCCAGAGUGGAAAAGUUUACUCUGUGGCGAUAUUUGCUAUUUGUUUCUUUAGCUUCUCACAGCUGUUGGAAAAAAGAGCUUUAAUACCUCUUUUCAGACUGCCAGGUUGGAGACUUUGAAGGUUAAACAGAGUCAAAACAAUUCCAGGCACUUCAAAGGGUGACUUUGGUAUUUCUGAAUGUGGACUCCAUUUUCCCAUGUUUUGGAGUCUGAGUAACUAAUGGGAACAAUUUUUGACAUUGGUCCAGUACUGAGAGACAGUAAAACAGGCUGCAGUGUAACUACUAGCGGCAUGUUCGUGCUGGGGGGGGUUCACUGACAGGCUUGUUAUUUUAAGUGUCUAAAACAUUAUGGAAAUAACUGAUCCCUAAAGAGAUAGACCUUUUUGUUAAAGAGCAUGAUCCUUUUUGCUCAGCCAGAAAAAAAUCACAGACAAAUAUCUCAAUAUCGUAGUGUUGACUGUGCUGUUGUUUAAACGCCAUACACUCUUGUUUUUUGUUAAACAAAAAGUAUUUCACUCUGUAUGAAAAGGUCUAUUUCUGUAUAGAUCCUUUCCAUAAUGUCAGAGACUUAUAUUACUAAUCUGAGCCUGUCAGUGGCAAAAUCAAGCCAUUGUAGUUGGCGUAUGUAACGUUUCCCACAUUAUGACUGCUUUGCUGAUUGUGAAUAUGAUUGUGGGCGUGACGACUGAUGGGACCAAGUUGGAGCAGGUUUGUUCCAGUCUGGUCAGCUGGUGUUGACAGUCUGCAGAUAAAAUCACACAGUGUGUGAUAUUUAAGUCUAAUCUAAAAUCUGAACAUCCAGUCGCUGACGGUCGUUUUCAUAGAGAUUAUUUUAAACAUGUUUGAUAUUUUAUAUCAUAUGUCAAACUAUCCAAACAUGUCUCUUUAAAUUUACAGUGUUACACACACAUACACAUUAAUAUAAUACAGCACAGUUACUUCUCUUUUUAAAAAAAGGUACUAAGGCCGCAACUAAUGUCUUUUUUGAUAUCAUCAGAUGGUUAUUUUGCAAUUAAUGAUUAAUGGUUUGGUCUAUAAAAUGUCAGGAAUGUAAGCAAAGAGGUUUUCCAAAAACAAAGUUUACAUAUUCAAAUAGUUUGUUUUGUCGAAACUUCAGUCCAAACCCUGAAGAUGUUCUGUGUACUGUCAGUAGACAUAGACGACUAAAUAUUUAUAUUAGAGGAACCUGAAACGGGGAAAAAAUUUUAAUGAUUAAACUCUCAUUAAACAGCUGCAGAUUAAUUUCCUGUCUAUUAGCUCAGAAAGUUGCACAAUCUCCACUGUAUCCACAGUACAGUGUUAUAUUUUAGUUUGUAAUUUAAACUUCUUGAACUGUAAUUAUUUUUCAAUCAAACUAAAGUCACAUUAAAGGUAAGUGGGUGGUUUUCACAUCAUGUUCAUUAUCACUGGUUAUUAAAUUGAAGGCAGAUAUAAAGAUAACCAAUUCAAUCUAAUAUGUAAUAUAAAUGAUAUUAAUCCUGUCAAUACACUAGCCAUGGGUGGUAUGUAAUAUGUAAUAUUUCAUACCUCAAAUUUGACUGGGGUAUACAGUAUAUGACAAUGUAUUAGUGCAGCACUAACAACCCCCUGACAGUGCAUAUGCAACUUAC